AAGUGCAGCUGACCGCUCGUUUCUACAUGCCAUGUUUGGGGAGAGGAGUCUACACUCACUGGUCAAGAUCCAUGAAAGGUUACAGCGUUUUGAAGAACGAUAUCCUGUUCCAGUACUAGACUCUGCUGCUUCUCUUGCCCAAGGGGUGUCUGAGGAGUUGCAGGCUAAACCAUUGAGUGCAGACAUCAGUGAACUGAUUAAAUUGCUGUCAAUGCCCCACUUUAAGAGCCUGCUGUCAGUUCAUGAUACAGUGGCUCAAAAGAGUUAUGAUCCUAAACUUCCUCCACUUCCAGAUGACAUUGACGAUGAAGAAGAUUCAGUGAAGAUCAUACGACUUGUCAAGAAUAAAGAGCCUCUUGGGGCCACAAUUAAAAAGAAUGAGACUACCGGAGCCAUCACCAUAGCUCGCAUCAUGAAUGGAGGUGCAGCCGACAGAAGUGGAUUAAUCCAUGUCGGAGAUGAGCUUAGAGAGGUCAAUGGCAUUCCUGUGGAGGGCAAGACACCUGAGGACAUCAUUCAGCUUCUGUCCCAGUCACAGGGUGCCAUAACAUUUAAAGUAAUACCAGGACCUGAGACGGAGGGUCCAGUCAAAGAACCCAAGAUUUAUGUAAAGGCUUUGUUUGAUUAUGAUCCAGACGAUGACAUGGCAAUUCCAUGUAUGGAAGCCGGCAUGUCCUUUAAGAAGGGUGAUGUGCUGCGAGUUAUGUGCCAGGAUGAUGCUACUUGGUGGCAGGCCAGAAUUGAGGGCACCGCUAACCCUCGUGCCGGACUAAUUCCCUCUAAACAGUUUCAAGAGAGGAGGUUUGCACUCCGCCAAACCAUGUCCAACCCUCAGCCUCAGAAGGUCUCCAGAAAACCAUCUGGUUUAAGAAAAAGUUUCCGGCUUAGCAGAAGAGGAAAGAAGACCAAUAAGUCUAUGUAUGAAUCUAAAAAGAGUGAUCAGUAUGACACUGCAGAUGUCCCAACUUAUGAAGAAGUGGCCUCUUAUCACAAAGCACCUGGAGCAAAAUACAGACUCAUCGUUCUGGUUGGUCCUACAGGAGUGGGCUUGAAUGAACUUAAGAGGAAGCUGUUAAUAUCUGGCCCACAACACUUCAGUGUCACCAUCCCACAUACGUCUCGAGCAAAAAGGAAUCAGGAGAAUGAUGGUGUGGAGUAUUACUUCAUCUCUAAACACCUGUUCGAAACUGAUAUUCACAACAACAAAUUUAUUGAACAUGGUGAGUAUAAGGGACAUUACUAUGGGACAAGCCUGGACUCUGUUCGGUCAGUUCUAGCAAAAAACAAGGUGUGCCUUCUGGAUGUGCAGCCCCAAUGUCUGAAGCAUCUUCGCACAGCUGAGUUUAAGCCAUAUGUGGUUUUUGUAAAGCCUCCAUCCAUUGAACGCCUGAGAGAAACUAGGAAGAAUUCAAAAAUAAUAUCUUCUUAUUAUAUUUUUUUGUGUUUUAACCAGGAAGAAGAUUUUCAGGAGAUGAUAAACGCAGCCCAGCAGAUGGAGAAUCACUACGGCCACCUUUUUGACACGGUCAUAGUAAACGACGACUUGGCGACUGCUUUCGGCGAGCUCAAACAGGCCCUACGGGAAGUAGAGACAGAGACUCACUGGGUCCCCGUCAGCUGGACACACUCCUGAAGGACAGAGACUCACCUAAAAAGAGGAAAGAACUUUGUAAACCCUGAUUGCUGACAAAGCUUUUAUUUAGCCUAAAUCUGGUGAUUGGGAUGGCUUGUGGGGUAUUUUAAUGACUCUCGGACAGUUUUUAUGGGUCUCUGCGUCUCUAAAAGGAGGAAUUUUAGGUUUGUUAUUGUGUGUACUUGGUCAGCAUAGCUGGACUGGAAUAAAGUGUCUAAUUACACUCGAAGCCAUCAAACAUUUGCGAUCGUUUAGCAGCAGCUGUCGAAGUGUGUGUUUAUUUGACAGCCAGGAAAAAUUGGUUGGGCGAUGUGAGCUGGUUCAUGGUGUAGUUUUGACAUUUAUUUCUAAACACCAAAGGGAUAUUUUUUCUGUGGUUAGAGUAUGUUUCGUUUUAAAGCUUAGUUAUGAAAUUUGGGAAAGUAUGAACAGUUUAGGUUUUUACAUUUUAAACUGUUGUUAUUGGGUGAUGCUGUUAUUAGCACACAAGCCCUUUGUAAGCUGUUCAAAUGUGGGCAGAACCUUGAUGAAUGUCCUCCAGAGGAGCUUUUGUAAUUAUAUUUAAUUGGGAUUUUAAUAUAUUUAAUAUUUUUAUGGGGUUAAUAUAAUUUUUUAUAUGUGUACAAAUGAUUAUACAUUUUAAUGAAUUUAGUGCUGCAGGUAUCAUAGUAAUUACACAGGUAUCAAACACAAACAGCACUCAGGUCAUUUUUAAUAUAUACAUAUAGUUAUAUAAAGGUUUUUAUCUGGGUUGGGUGAUAGUAGUGCCUUUUUUUAGAUAUAGCAGUUAUUUGAACACAACAGACACUGACUGUGGACUUUUUUCAUGUCUUAAGAGAGCUUAACUGCUGCUGUAUAAACUGCCAAAUUAUAGAAGCGUCUGCAAUGGUGAAAGACGUUUUUGUAAAAUAUUUACAGCUUUAAUCAUUAUGUAACUGUAAAACAUCUAAAACUACAGAGUUUUGUUCCAAAUAAACAUUUAUAUUUCAUAAACUGGAAAAAACAGUCAGUGGGGUUUAUAAAUGGCAUACAGUGUGCCAUAAUUUUCAGUAUGCAAUUUAGAACAGUGCGUUUUGCAUCAAAAUAAUAAUAUGUGCU